CGUGGCGCGUCGAGGUCAAAUCACGGCAAACGUUAUUUUAUGACGUUAUAUUCCCGACCUACGUGCAGUAUAUGCUUCCACCAGCUGUUUCAUAUGCGAGGCCACGACCAGCCACGCGGCACAGCGGCCUAUAGCUGCCCUGCAGGGACGCACUGCAAAAUGGGCGACAGUUGGAGCCCAUCCGUGCUGCAGGAGGGAAUAACAAGGCGUAAUAGCAGCAAAGGGGACACUGGUGCCGAUGGGACUCCCGUGGCAAAGGAUGGUAGUAGUGCAAUUAAAGACGGCAAUACCGUGCCAACCUGUGCCGUAGAAGCUAAGUGUGCAGAUGGCACAGUACCGCUACAGAAGCAAGUGGGCCUCUUCGGUGGAACGGCCUUACUCAUCGGGUGCGUCAUUGGUUCUGGGAUCUUCGUGACCCCGUCUGUGGUGUACCGAGAGGCCGGUUCCGUUGGAAUGGACCUCAUCAUCUGGGGUCUGGGUGGCCUCAUCUCACUCCUAGGUGGCCUAUGCUACGCUGAACUGGGAAGCCUCCUGCCGGCGUCUGGAGGGGACUACGCCUACCUGUGUGCUGCUGGCAAGGUUCUGCCCAGAUGCUCCGGAGUGGGUGCCUUCCUCUCUGCCUGGGCCCAGUCCACUGUCACCGAUCCCGUAGGGGCAGCCACACAAGGCCUCGCCUUUGCCAGUUACGUGCUGAAGCCGAUCUACCACACGUGCAACCCACCUUACUUAGCCGUAACCCUCGUAGCCGCGACCUUCAUCGGACUGACGACAUUCAUCAACUGCAUCUCGACGAAGGUGUCGGCACGAGUGCAGGAUCUCCUGUCUUCCAUUAAAUGCCUCGUACUGAUUUCCAUAAUACUUACAGCAGCGGUAUUAUCUUACAGAGUGAACCAUCUAACAGACGUCCCGUUGUUCGCAAACACGAACAAGGAUCCUGGUCGCAUCACUCUAGCCAUCUAUGGAGCAUUAUUCUCCUAUUCCGGAUGGAAAUACGUUAAUUUUGUCGCCGCCGAAAUGACGGAUCCUCAUCGCCAGUUGCCCCGAGUCAUAGCGGCCGGUCUUCUUACCGUCACGGUCAUCUACAUCCUCACCAACGUGGCGUACUUCCUCUGCCUUGAUGGACAAGAGAUGCUGAGAUCGGAAGCUGUGGCUGUGUCCUUCGCCCAAGCUACCUGGGGCGUCAAAGCGGCCAUCCUUGUACCUGUCUUCGUUUCAAUCAGUGCCUUCGGUUGUGCCUGCGCAGCCUCGUUUUGCAGUUCGAGAGUUGUACUAGCCGCCGCAAGGCAGGGACACCUGCCACGGUUCUUGUCCUACGUUCAUGCUGAGUCGGCCGUACCCCUUUCGUCGACUAUCGUACGAGGCUUUCUCGGAGUAGUCUAUGCCGUCUUCGCGGGAAGCCUAGAUGCCCUCAUCGAAGCCGGCGUUUUCAUCGACAGCAUCUUCGACGUCCUCGGCGUUGUCAGCCUGUUCGUGCUGCGCCACACCAUGAAGGAAACUCCGCGAGCAUAUAAGGUUCCAAUUGUGAUCGCAGUCGUGCGACUUCUGAUCGGCAUGGGGCUGGUGGUAAUUCCUCUUGUGAGCGCUGCUAGAUACACUCCCUACAUUCUAGUGCUGCUCAUCCUAGGGGCAGGAAUGAUCUACUAUUGGCUUUUCGUUCACCUGAAGCUUCGACUGCCUGGUUCGGAUGCCUUCAACAUCUUUGUGCAGAAAGUGCUCUUCUCCGCACCGUGUGCAAACGAACUCGAAGAUAUCCUGGCGGUGAACAAGGUGCUCUGAAUGGUCUGGCGAUGUGCAAAGACCGAGGAGGUGCAGUGAUUGAACAAGAAGUUACCCCUCUCGCUCUCGAACAAGCUUUGCAAGGUGCUCAAGGAGGGAUACCAGAAGCUUGCCAGAAGCGGCAGCUCUGUCGAGGCUUGUUGGCCCCGUGGGUCAUAUACACAGACCAUUGAGGUGAAUAUGACAGGGUACAUGGUACAAAAUCUGUCUUUCCACCUGGCCAGUAGGUUAGCGUUUGACGGGGGGCAAGGGGGGGGGUGAUCAAACUUUGCCUUCAUAUUCAAUGUACAGUAGCAUAAUAUGAAGGCAUAAAUGAAUAGCAAUAAAGUUCUUGUUGGAGGAAAAUAUGAUAUUAUGAAAGAGGGCUUUUUUAAGGCUUAGUAUGAAUUUGUCCUUUCCAGGUUGUUUCAGCCUCAGAUGAUCAGUUCUCUCACGUAUAUUGAUGAAACAAGGAAGUAACUGAAAAGGAUAGCCAGCUGUAGGACCCGAACCCACAUCUUCUGGGUAAUAAAUCCAGCAGAUAGGUUCGACUCCUACAGCUGGCUAAUCUUUUCAGUGACUUCCUUCUUUCAACAUUACUUUCUUAGGCAGUUGAGGCUUUGUAUGUGUUUGUCCUUUCUAUGUGUUCCAGCCCCAGAACAUCAAUUCCCAUCACGUAUAUUGAUGCUGGGGAGACAGGCACAACAAAGACAAAAACAAGCCCGAGAUGUGAUAUGAUCAUGCUAAGCUACGACUAGAUAUGCUCACUCCUCUCCCUUCUUUUUGUCUUUGUUGCGCCUUUCUCCCCAACAUGACUUGUUACCAACUAGCGCAGUUUCUCUUGUUUUACUACACAUACCGUCUGUUGCUCAUAUGUGCAAUAUGAGUACGCGUUAGCCACAUCACGGACGCUCAUCAAAUGCCCCGCUACAUAAAUUUGGAUGAAAAACAUGUCACCGUUAUAGUGUUGCACCUUAGGGGCAUCAAAAGUCUCUUCGCAAUUUUCAUACUUCUUAAAGGACACAUCAGGGUUGUGAGUAUUGUACGUAUGAAUAAAUAAACGAGAU